UACACCUACUUUCGAAAGACCCAGCGAACACGCAGGCAGUAGUUGUAGUAAACCCUUUACCAAACACGUGAGAUUCGAAAUCAGGUGUUAUCAAAUUGACUUGUCAAAAACAAUUAAAAUAAAAAAGCCGUGAGUGUGUGUCUUCAGUAAUGGCUUCCAUACCUUUGUCUUUUAUUGUCUUUUUCUUUUUGACUUUUUCACUUUUCGUUCUGUCGUUGGGAUAUGAGAAGCCUGAAAUUCUUUCUGAGUACACGGAGAUCAAUCUUGAAAGUGGAGACAACUUCAUUGUGCCAUGUCAAGGGCAAACUCCCUUGAAAUGGAAUUGGCCAAUGGUUCAGAACGAAGAGUACCAAAACUGGACUAGAAUAAGCGAAAUCGAAGUCUUAUCAAAGAAUGCUAACUACAAGUACGCUCGAAAACUUGUCAUUCAGAAUAUUACCUACCUAUAUACUGGGUUUUAUCAAUGUUUAGAUAAAAAUGCUGACUCUUUUGAUGAUAAUCAUGGAAGCAGUGUCUACUUAUUUGUCAAGGAUAAAGAACACUUGUCGGUAAGCGAUGCAGAAAUGGAGACCAUUACAGUUACUAGGUAUAGCGAAGCUAUAAUUCCUUGUAGACCAACUUCAUCAGAUGUGGAAGUAAGCCUUAUUUUCUACGGUGAAGGAGUGAUCCCUUUAGGCGUAGUCGAUGAAGAAAGAAUUAUGUUCCGCUACCAUCCCCACUAUGGUAUCAUAACUAACGACACCAAAUACGUCGGAACAACCAUUUUCGUUUGCACCUUCUCUCGAGAUUCGAAAGAGUUUAACCAAACAAUGAUUUUGGAUGUGAACCCAAUAAUUCGCUUUUUCCCCGAACCAUCGAUGAGAGAGCUCAGUGGUGGUCAUACGAUACUGGGCGAUAAACUGAUUUUGGAAUGUAAGAUAUGGUGGUCGACUGAUGUCAAUUUCGUGUGGACGACGCCUACUGGACCGCCUGAUUCCAGUCGUGUGCGGUUAUCAGUUCAACAAAAGAAUCCUAAAGAAAGACUUAUCAGUCAGAAUCUUACCAUCGAUGCAACUACUUUGAAAGAUAGAGGUAUGUACUAUUGCAACGUUAGCGAUUACCAUAAUCACACCAGUGUGGAAAGCUUAUAUGUCAUACUUUAUGCUCUGACGGAAAGCAACAAUUCACCGAUUUCGACAACGGCUGGUGAUCCUUAGACAGAUUCUUGGGUAGAUUUCGUUGAAAUUUCUUUUGCAUUCACGUCUUUACAAAUGUGUUUGAAUGUUUACUUAGUCGUUUAUAAGAAAUUUUAAGGGGUGAUUAAAAAAUACUUCAUUGUAGAUGUUCCUUAACAAGGCUGAGUACCCUGCAAUAACUAUUAAUUGUUGCAAAAUAACAAAAUAAAUCCACUUAGUCAACUCUUCUCCAUGACCAUCUCUACCCGACGUACUUUAUCCUAGAAUAUCCGGAAAUAUGAUUUGAAUUUUUUUUUAAGUUACCUCUAUUUUAUAUUUGCAUUAUAUGAUAAUUUAGUCACAAUAAAUGUACCUACACGAAAAUUACUCUUUAACUAA